CCAUUGUUCUGAACACCCGCGACCGCGAUGAGUGCCAAAGACAAAGAGGGAUCAGACACCCUGAGCGCAACCCUGUCUGUGAGAUGGGUGCAUGGAUUCCCUGUGAAGAAGAUUGCUUUUAUCAACAAUAACACAAUUUGCUACCCUUGUGGGAAUUUUGUAGUUUUUAUGAAUAUUGAAAAAGAGAAGAAGACUGUUCUACGGUGUAUGGAUGGAAAAGUGGGUUCUGUGGCAACUAAUAUUCCUUUCAAAGUGGUGGCCUUUUCAGAUCAGAAGUUUCAACCCUUUAUCCACAUAUACAACUUUCCUUCAUUGACCAAAAAAGCAAAAUUAAGAGGAAAUGCUCAUUUGGACUAUACCUUACUUGAAUUUAAUUACUCCGGAAUAUAUCUGGCAAGUUUCUCUGAAAUUCCAGAACAUGAAGUGACACUUUGGGAUUGGAAAAAAAACGUCAUUUUGUGUAGAAGAUCACAACCAGGUCUGUCAGUGGGACAGAUGACUUUUAACCCCAAGAACUGGCGCCAACUGUGCUUAUCUAAUACAAAUUAUAUAAGUGUAUGGAAUAUUGAAAGAUUUAACAAGGAUCAUUAUUUUAAACCAAAGUCAGUAAAUCUUCCUACAGAAGAUGGAACUUUUAUAAAAGAGCAUGUAGGACUGUUCUCUCAAGGGCUCAAAGAUCCUUCCUAUGGACCCAUAUUACCAUUUUCUGCUGUUGCUGGGUUAGUUGGUACAGAAGCAGAAACUUUCAAGCCAAAAGAUCAUUUUCGUCCCUUGCUUCAUCCUGUUGUACACUGUUGGAAUUCAACAAAUGAGCUCUAUGUUUGCUGUGAAGAAGGUCAUAUUCUUUUGAUUAAUGGAGAAAGUCUGCUUGUCACUAUCCUGUCACCAUCACCAGUAUAUGAGGAUGGCUGUACAUCUCCAACCAUGAUGUCUUCUGAAGAGUACUUAAGAAAAGGAGAAAACUAUUCAAAAAUUAAGAACAUCAAUACCAUGGUGAUGCAUACUGAAGGAGUGUUUGUUUCUGGACAUGAUGGCAUUUUAUAUUCUAUUAAUAUCAAGGAAAAUAAAUAUACCAUAAAGGACCACAUUAAUUUACAAACCUCUGUGAAGAAUAUUGUAUUUUCUCCUGAUUAUACACAAAUACUACUUCAAACAGAAAAUGGAUCUGUUUUUUCCUAUAUUUUUGAUGAAAAGCCAAAACUUGAAACAAUUUUGGAUGCAUCUGGUGGCAAAAUACAGGCAAUUGAUUUUGUCACAUUUGGAAAUGAAUACUGCAUGUCAAUAACCGUUUUAGGAGAAUUUUAUAUUUGGAUGACAGAAGAUGGAUAUCUUAUCAGUAGAUUAUGCCUUUAUACAGAGGUAAGUGGUAUGGCUUGCUGCCCCUCUGCGUUUUCAGUGGCUGUGGGGACCACUGCAGGAUAUGUGCUGUUCCUUGACAUUUCUAAUAUCAAAUCCCCUCGUGUUGUUCACAAAAUCCUUCUCACCAGAUCUUCUAUACAGCACGUGCAUUUUGACCAGCAUGGUGCAUUUUUGAUCGUUGGAACAUCUGAUAAACACAUCUUCUUAUUAAGUUCCAAAGCCUCAGAAGCAUUCAAAAUAAUUGGAUUUACAGUUGUGAGUGGUACCAUUUUACAAAUAACUACAGUUUAUAAUUGGGAAACUAAUAUGAUUCAAGUAAUGGUCCUUGCAGAAUCUUCAGAAAAUAAAAAAAGCAAGAUAGAAAUGUUCACUCUGACUGAUAAAGUGUCAACAGAUGCUGCCAAAUAUAGUGAUGAAAGAGGGAAACUGAAAAAUGAAUUGUUUGCAAGGACCCUGUAUGAAAUAGAUCAUCCCUUAAGCUCUGCUGUUUUGGAUUUUAGUUGUGAAAAAAUAUUUGGCUUUUGUAGCCAUGUCCCUUAUAUCUGUAUCUAUGGAAUUCCUCACAAGGAUAGCAAAAACAUAGUUCUCAAGCCAGAGAUCAAAAUUCCAAGUAAACAUUAUGGAACUGGAAUGCUGUAUCUGUCAUAUCAUGGCCAAUGGCUGGCAUCAAUAGCCAAAGAUGGAAUACUGACCAUCCGUGAUAGCAGUAAUAUGGAACCAUUUGCUCGAAUACAGUGCCACUCUUUCCAGGGAAACGGAAUUCAAUCAAUGAUAUUUUCAUUAGAUGGCCAAUCGAUACUAGUGAAUGGUCAAGAAGAUGGUGCCCUUGUUUGCCUGAAAUGGAAGAGUAUAGAAGGACUUCUCAUUCACAACAUUAAUGAAUAUUUUCAGAAUCUUGUUAGAAUUUUGAAUAAGAACCUUUUAGAACAAAAUAUUUCUUUAUACCACAUGCAAGAUGUCCAGCUCUUUUUGGAUUCACUCCCUGAAGAUACAACAUAUUUCAAAAAGGAGGCAUCUUCCCAAGCUGAUUCUAAAGACAGAAUCUAUGAUGGUGAAAUUAGCUGGUUACAACAGAAAAACCAAGAGGCCAUCAUAAGAGAGACUAAAGAAUUUAGUCAAAAAAAGAAGAUAUUAAAAGAAGGAAUCAAAAUUUUGAGUAGAACUAUUCAGUAUAUGAUGGAGGAAAAUGAAAAGGUACCUGAGAUUUCACAACUAAAGCAAAAGGAAUUCAGUCUGGAUGUUGAAGAAAUGCAAAAGCUUUUUGAUGAAGGUGAAGAAGAAGUGGAAAGGAUAAAAAAGGAAACACAAAUGGAAAACUUAGCUAAGAAAUAUUUAUGUCAUCUUUUGAAAGAAGAAUGCUGGCACUCCAUGAAUGUAAAAGGACGAUCACUUAAGUCAUUUCAUAGUCUUUUGGAGGUUAAAAAUUUCCCAAUGAAGACACGUUCUCCAGAAGAGCUGAGAGAAUUGGAGACAGUUUUGCAGCUAAGGAAAACUGAAAACACUGGAUAUAAACUACGAAAAGAAAUUGUAGAACUUCAACCCACAAUUUUAAGUAAAAAAGUUCAUGAUGAGGAAGAGGAUGAUGAAUAUGACGAAGAAGAAGAGGAAAAAGAAAAAAAAGAAGGCAACUUACCCAAUUACUUACUUGGCAGCUUAAGUUAUGAGCUUGGCAUAGAAACAAAUAUGUUAUAUAACCAGUUAGAACUUCAUACCAGAGAAGAGAAAAUCAACCAGAUUAUAUUACUGAAGGACAUUAUUUACAAUAUCAAAAUCCAAUUUAACAAGGACUUUAAUUCUGUAUAUCAACAAAAAGAAAUUGAAAUAUUACGUGUAAAUGAAAGAAACAAAAAUAUUCAAGGAAUUAUUACAGAACUAGAUAUUGAGGAACAAAUAUGGCAGCCAGUAUUUGAAGACUCUGAGAAGCCAGAGCGGAUUCUAUUUGUAGAAGAUCAUGAGAUUAAAGUUGAAAGAAUCCUUACGCCAUGGGAAAAAGAACAAGCCGAAUUAGCUGAAAAACUUGAACGGGAAAGACUUCUUUUAAGUCAGAGGGAUAAUGCAAGACGUCGCGCAUUGAUGGACAUGAUGGGUGGAGUUCUAGAAGUCAGGAGAGAAGAUAUUUUGAGGAUGGUAAUUCCUCAGCCUGCCUGCAUGGCUAAACCUGAUACUUUAUGGAAUGAAGAAGACAAGAAACAAAUCAAAGAAUAUGAGAAAAAAGUCAAAGAUUUAAAUGAUGAAAAAGAGAAGUAUAAAAGGUCAUUGGAUGCUGAAUUAAGGAAGAUUCAGAACUCUAUUCAAGAAACAACACAACUUUUUGAUGAUCGUUUAAAAACACUCUUUAAAUCAAAGAUGAAAUGUGAUAACGUUAUCUUCCAGGAGGAAUUAAAAAUAGCCAACCUUACUUUCUCUUUACUGCUAGAUGAAGAACUACAAACAAGAGAAAUAGAACUGAAUGACUUCCUUGAAAAAAAAAAAAAAGAAAAAAAAUUUGCGGCAUAUGAAAUUUACAAGGCUCGUGACGAACUUGAAUCAUAUAGAGAACAUUAUGACAGCUUCCUUUCAGAUGACAAAGUUCUUGAGCGGGGAUUUAAAAAAGAGUUUACUGAUCUUCAGAGUCAUCUGACUGACAUACUCCACAAAUUGUUCAAGCGUCGACCCAGGCAGCUGAAGCCUAAGCAAGAAGAGGUUCCUGGCCCUUUUGGGGAACGUAAAGGAUCUGCCCAAAUGCAGGAGGAGUACUUUGCUGAAGUAAUGAAUGCCAUGGAAGAAAUGGAUAAUCCAAAUAAUAUGCCAGAAGGCUUAGAACUUCCAUCCUGGACACAUUUUUGUGCUCUAAGAAGAACAAAAAUAGAAAGUGAACAAAGAGUAAAGCAAAAAUCCCUUAUUAUGCUGGAAAUGCAGGCCUUCAUCCGGAAGAGAACUGAGGAUGAUGAGAAGUUGCAAGUGGACAUUGAAAAAAUUUGCCAGGAAAUCUACGUAUUUCAAGAAGAGAAAAUGAAUUAUCAGCUGAAUUUGACAAUUCAACUCUUGCUUACACAAGGGCAAGUAGAAGUGGAAAAUUAUCAAUUUUUAUUGGAUUUUGCAGACUCCAUUCUCAUUAACAGAGUUAUAAUUGAAGAUAUUAAUAGUAUAAUCCGGUUCCAAGGUCAAAAGAAAGUUACAAGAAUGAUAGAAAGUAAAGAUGUCCACAAAGGAAUAUAUCAGAUUGAAUGGGAACAUAAGAAAAUGGAAAUGGAAAUGGAAGAUUUAAACCAGAAGGCUUGGGAUAUUCAAAUGCUGUUUUUUUCAAGAGAUCGUCAAAAGUUCCUAAAUGAACCAAACUAUGAGAUUCUGAUUGGCUACCAUAUGGCUAUGAUGGAACAGAAUAUUGCUAUUAUGGACAAAACUCAUAAAAGAGAGGUGGAAGCCUUCAAAAAAUUACUCAAGCAACUAGGAAAGUUUGUCCAUCAAAGAGAGUUAGCAAAUUAUACUCUAAGUUGUGAACUACAAGACGAGCUGGUGACUGUUAAUGAAAGGCGAGAAAUCUGUAAUUCACUUGGAUCUAAGUUGACUUAUGAAAGGAUUGCCAAGGAACGAUAUGAGGCCAUGUUGCAACAACAAAAGCUAACAGAUAUUUCAAGAAGUCAAGCUGAAGAGAUUGUAAUUUUAGAGGCAGAAGUUGAAAGAUUAAGAAUGAAAACGUUUCCUGCACUUAUUCAAAUGUAAAAACACUGAUAGAAAACAUGAAGACAUCACAUACCACAUCACAUAUUUUAAACUCUGUUCUCAUUUUCUUAAGAUUUGUUUUCUCCAGUGACAGAAAACUUAAAUACUCUUAAUUUACUCUCCCCUGUCACUGUCUCUUAAUUGAAACUCUUUGGCCCCUCCCAAAAAGUUAUAGAAAUAUUAAGUUUUGUCCUGCACAAAUAAAAGUGUUAUAUGCUGAUAAAAAUUUAAAAAAAGGUCU